ACUCGAAACAACAACUACUGACAGAAUUUUUCUCCAAAAAUCGUUGUGAAACUGUGUCAAAUUAUAGGUAAAAACAGCAAUAUUGAUGAUUUGUAAAGUUCAUAAAGUCUAACAGAUCAUACCUUAAAUUAUCAUAUGUCAAAAGAUUUCCUGAAAGAGUCAGAAUGAUUCCUGUUUUAAAGCAAUUAUGUCCGCAGCUGGUAAGAUACAGCAGGAGUUUGGGAACCAGGAAACAUAUUACAACAACAUCCAGAUGUUUGACUGCUAAGAUUAUAGAUGGUAAACAGAUGGCUCAGACUAUAAAAGAUGAAGUGAAAGAGGAGGUGGCUAAGAUUAUGGCAACAGGGAAACGUGCACCACAGCUCAGUGUGAUACUUGUUGGAGAUGAUGCAGCUAGUAAAACAUACAUUAAGAAUAAAUUCAAGGCAGCAGAAUACACAGGUAUAAACAGCGAACUAAUUAAUUUACAAGCUGACACACAAGAAGAAGAGUUACUUACCGUGAUUGAAAAACUCAACAAUGAUGAUAAUAUAGAUGGUGUUUUAGUUCAACUACCUGUACCUGACCAUAUCACAGAGAAAAGGGUUAUGAACUCGGUUGCUCCACACAAAGAUGUUGAUGGCUUCCACACAUUAAAUGUGGGUUGCUUCUGUGUAGAUGAGAAGGCUUUUAUUCCAGCUACUCCAGCUGGUGUGAUGGAAAUGCUCAGAAGAACAGGCAUUGAAACAUUUGGUAAGAAUGCAGUUGUUUGUGGCAGGUCAAAGAAUGUUGGAAUGCCAAUAGCCAUGUUACUCCAUGCUGAUGGCAUAUAUGAGACUAAGGCAGGUGAUGCAACAACAACAAUCUGUCAUCGUUAUACACCACCAGAACAGCUGAAAGUCUUCACUCAAACUGCUGAUAUCAUUGUAGCAGCAACAGGUUUGCCAGGCUUGAUUACUGCUGACAUGAUCAAAGAGGGCUGUGCCAUCAUUGAUGUUGGCAUUAAUCGUGUUAAAGAUGAAAAAACUGGAAAGAUGAAGCUUGUUGGUGAUGUAGAUUUUGAAGGUGUCAGUAAGAAAGCUGGGUAUAUUACACCUGUUCCUGGUGGCGUGGGACCAAUGACCGUUGCUAUGCUGAUGAAGAAUACACUACAAGCAUACAAGAAGGAGGUUAAUUUUGACCACUACAAGUCUUCACUGGGAAUUUCUUGAUGUUAAUGAAAGCUUAGCUACAACACUUGCGCCAAAUUACAGUUCUUCAUUCAUCAUGAGAGAUUGUUAAUGGAUGCUAACAGAAAUGUGUACUUAGAAGUGGUGUAUGUUUUGGUUUUUUUUGCUAUGAAGUUCAAGGUGUGCUCUUCUAUCUGAUGCUAUUGCCGAGUUAUUUUGAAAUUUUUGUUAUGUUCUAAUAUUUUUAAGACUGUGUUUUGAACAAAUAUUUAUUUCUUUUAUUUUACAAUGAUAAGAUUAUUACUAGCUCAGCUGAGCACAGAGUGAUAUGAGCUUUGUGGUUGCUGUUGUGCUCUGCAACAUACUGUCAGUCUUUAUGAAUAUUACCUUUAGAUUAAAGAAACUGUAUCACAAUUGGUAGAAAUUGAUAAACUUCUUGGAAAUGAUCCUUCAGUUCCUCUUCAGAAAUUAAACAGAUAGUUCCAGUAUAAUAUUCAGAUUGGUCACUGACCUGACAUCAGAAACUAUAAAGCUUAGAUAUUUAGCAUAUCACAUUACCAAGAGGCUAGUAAUCUAAUACAAAAUGUUUUUUAAUCUUGUCUAUAGGGUAAAAUAUGCUCAUUGUUACAUAAAGUUUGUUUUCUUGGGUUAGUGAUACACUCCCACUUUGACUUUCUCUUUAGUAAUGUUAUUAUCAGGAAGUGAAGUAUCAACAAAAAGUUGUGGUGUUGUUUUUAUGCCGCUGCAGCAUUUGCGAUGCGGUCAUAUAGCGAUUCACCUGUGCGUGUGUUUUGUAUGUUCUAUUGAUUAUAAAGAGGACUUAAAAAUCUUCUCCUGAAAAACUGUAUGUCCAAAUUCAACCAAACUUGGCAGGAUUGUUCCUUGGGGGAAGGACUUCCAAAGUUGUUCAAAGAAAAUGAUUUCAUGCAGCAACCAAAAGAAAUUAGAAGAAAAAAAAAUCUUCUUCUAAAGACCCCAAAGCCUAGAGCUUAGAUAUUUUGCAUAAGACAUUGUAUAUUGGACCUCUACCAAGAUUGUUCAAAUUAGUAAAAACUUUAAAAAUCUCUUGUUUGAAUGUACAAGGCUUAGAGCUUUGAUAUUUGGUAUAUAAAAUCAUCUAUAGGUCCUCUACUAAAAAAUUUCAAAUUUUUUCCCCAAGUGUCAAAAUUGGCACUGCCCCUGGGGGUCAUAGGUUUUCCUUAUAUGUGUUUCGUAAAAGCUUACAUUGUCUUCAUCUCUAAAUUGACAAAGGCUAGAUGUUAGAUAUUUGGCAUGAAGCAUUGUGUUGUAGACCUAUACCAAGAUUGUUCAAAGUAUAGCACUUGGAUCAAAAAUGGCACUGGGUGUCUUUGAUUUUUAUUAUGCACAAAUAGUAAAAACUUUAAAAAAUGUUCUUGUCUGAAGGGAAACAACUUAUAUUGAAAUGUCUUUUAUACAAAAGAUUUUAUAGUUGGAAGUAAGUCUAAAGAUGACCUCGAACAAGAGAAAUGUUUGCUUUUCAGAGAUAUUUAUGAAAUGAUUAGAGGUCAUGAACUCUAGAAAGAGAGAUGUGAGCUUUGCAGGGAUAUUUAAUGAAACAGUUUGCGCACAUUAUAAGGACAUAUAAUUCACACCAUGUGUAAUGAUGAUUACAAAUCCUUUUAGAAAUUGGUAAUGCUUCAAUGAAAAGAUAGUAUUUAAGAAAAAGUAACUGUUCCUACAAAGCUAUGUAAUACUGUAAAUACCUAAUUUUUUGUCAAGUAAAUUUUCUUUUAUUUUUAGCUCGACUAUUCGCUAAGAAUAAGUAGAGCUAUUGUAGUCACCCGAGCGUCCGCGUCGGCGUAACCACUUAUGUUAAAGUUUUUGUAAUACCUCAAAUAUUUUCAAAGUCCAUUGACAUGUGGCUUUGAAACUUUGCACACUUGUUCACCAUCAUGACCCCAACCUGUAGACAGGAGGAGGUAACUGUAUCAAGCAUUUUAACAGAAUUAUGCCCCUUUUUCAACUUAGAAUUUACGUUAAAGUUUUUGUAAUACCUCAAAUAUUUUCAAAGUCCAUUGACAUAUGGCUUUGAAACUUUGUUCACCAUCAUGACCCCAACCUGUAGACAGGAGGAGGUAACUGUAUCACACACUUUGACAGAAUUAUGCCCCUUUUUCGACUUUGAAUUUAUGUUAAAGUUAUUGUAAUACCUCAAAUAUUUUCAAAGUCCAUUGACAUAUUGCUUUGAAACUUUGCACACUUGUUUAUGCCCCUUUUUCAACUAUGAAUUUACAUUUAGGUUUGCAUUCCAUCUCAGAUAUUUUCAUAUUCUGUUGAAACUAGUUGAAAUUUUAUACUCUUCUUUAAGAAGAUAAUAGGACUCUCUCCAAGGCCUGUAAGACUCUCUCCAAGGCCUAUAACUGUAACAUGGAUUUAAAGAUAUUUUUUGUCCUUUUAUUAUUAACUCAGAAAAUUUUACAUUAUCAAGGCUCUUUUACUAUCAAGCACUAAGAAUAGUCGAGCAUAGCUGUCCUUCUGACAGCUCUUGUUAAAUCAAUUAUAGCACUAUGGCCUUUGUAUCUUAACAUUAGACACAUCUGAUGUGCGCAAUGUCUUUCAUUUGACAUGCUGAAAUAUGACCUUGACCCCCCAAAUUCACUAGACACUAUAGCAUUAUGGCAAAAUGUACAAAAUCCACUGCUGUUAUAUUAAUGCGAUGGCAUAGCAUUUUUUCACAAUUGCAAUCUUGUUUCUUUUUUAUUAUUUUAUUUUAAUGUUACAUUAUUAUGCUUGUUUUUUGUUUUUAUCUGCCUGUAUUAUAUUGAAUUAUUGUUUUGCCUCUGACGGCGGGCGGCGUCCAAUUUUGUCCGGAGCAUAUCUCCUACACACAUGGAGGGAUUCUAAUGAAACUUCAUAGAAAUGUUCACAAUUAUGAGAAGCUGUGUCACGCGCAUAAAACAAGUCUCUAUGUCAAAGGUCAAGGUCACACUUAGGGUCAUUGAUAUAUGCUUGUCUGGAGCAAAACUUGCACAUGCAUAGAGGGAUUUCAAUAUAACUAGCACAAAUGUUGAGCAUUGUGAGGCGGAGUGUCGCAUGCAAAAUUUAGGUCCCUAAAACUUCAUAGAAAUGUUCACCACUUUGAGAAGCAGUGUCACAUGCAUGAAUUGGGUCUCUAGGUCAAAGGUCAAAGGUGACACUUAGAGGUCAUUGUAAAAUGCUUGUUAGGAGCAAAACUUCUACAUUCAUCAGGGGAUUUUAAUGUAAGUUGACACAAAUGUUCACCAUUGUGAGGUUAAGUAUUGCACGCAUUAUCCAGGUCCCUGCUACCAAAGUCAAGGUCACAUAGAGAGAUCAAAGUUAAGAUAAAACAGAAGAUGUGUACAGGGACCUGACCAUUUAGUCAUCAUUAUCAAUGAAUUGUAGCACAAAUUAUAACAAUCAUGGCUACAAGUGUGACACAUGUAAUUUAGGUUAAUAUUUGCAAGGUCAAGGUCGCUAGAGAUGAUAAAAUAUCAAAAUAUUGUCCUGAUAUUGCCCAGAGCAUAUCUCCUAUAUGCAUUUCUAUAAUGCCACAUCUCUGUCAAUAGCUUUUGUGAUGGGAGUAUUUUGCAACACUGUUACCCUUGUUUUGUUGUUUUUUAAGGUUUUUUGUAUUUUAGUUAAGAUCGGAUAUGUAGAACAGAAAUAUAGAAGAGGUACUAAAGAAUGAAAAAAAACAACAACAACACAACAUUUGUAUGGUACUUGAAUUGCUUUAUCAUCACAAAACAAGAAAAGUGAUAUUUUCAGUGUUUUUUUUUAUCUAAGUGAAAUGUCAUUAUGUCAGCAACAAAAAUACACAAGAUAACAACAUAUUUUAAGUACAUUUUUUUUCUGUUUUUUUAUAUGCUGCUUGUUAUUUUAUUAAGAAAUAUUUUAAAAUAUAUUUGUAACUGUCUUCUUUUGAUAGAAAUGAUUUUUGUGGAAUGUAUUGUUAAUGAUGUUUGUUACAAAUACUUUUUGUGUUGUCUUAUUAAACAUAAUAUUAAUUUGAUAUACAUAAUUAUACAAAUAUGUAAUAGUAAGAAAUGCAUACUUUGAUAACGAGAUUGGGUUUUUCUAUUCAAGCUUCUUGGUGUUAAAUCCUUACCAUGCUCAAUAUCAUAAAUGGACUCUGGAUUAAAUUUCUCAUUAUCUUUAGGGAUAAUUUCAAAUUUCAGACUAGAUAAUUGACAAUGCAGGCCGUGAUCAAAUGCCACAGUGUGCUGGCUAAACUUGGACUGCACUGGUUGCAUGGGAAUAAUCUGUUGCAGCCAGCAGAAUAAGGGGUAAAAGUUCAAUUUUUUUUAUACACUGAAAGAGUUUCAGCAGAACUCUUGAUGUCUAGUGUGAAUAAGCUACUUUUAUGAAUGAAGUGAACCAGUUUUUAUGUAUUUAGGUUUUGAUAAAGAAUAUUAUUAUGCCCCCCUUCAAAGAAGAGGGGGUAUGUUGUUUUGCUAAUGUCGUUCUGUCUGUCUGUCCGUCGGUAGACCUCAUGGUUUCCGAUAAUUAUCUUAAAAACUAUUUAUCACAAAGUCUUUAUAUUUCACAUACUGAUUGUUCAUAACUAGUAGAUGGUUUUUCAGUAAGUUAUUCAGAAAAAAAGCAUGCAUUCUGUGAAUGUGUUUGCAAGUUUAAUCUAUAGGUUAAUAUGACCUACUACCAUUCUGUGUGAGAUGUGAAAAUUGACAGUAUAGUUACUGUGAAGCUGACAAAAUUUUAUUAGAACAAACAAAAGAAAUUGUGGAAUACAUAGUAAAUGAUUUAGAUGUGAUAACAGUGGAAAAUAUGUGUUAAGCAUUCCACCUGGAAAGUCCUAUAUUGCUUCAAUUAAAGUUCACUCACAGUAGUUCUAUGUAAGAAAAAAGUAGUUAAAAAAUAUACACAAAUGUAUGACAGCUUAUUUGAUAAUCCUUAUAAAACUGAAAAAAGUUUUAUAUGUAAUGUUUAUUUAAUCAACUGCUUAUGUUGUAAAUCGCUAAAUCAUGAAUAGUCCGCUAAACUUUUGGCUAUUAUUUGUUUAAGUUAAAAAUAUUGGCUAUUAUUUUAUUGGAGCCAAUGUGAGCCCUGAGUCAUAAUUUUUCUGUUUCCAUAACUGAGCACUUCCACGUACCCAUUUAUGGCAUGUUUCUACUAUAUUAACAAAAUUACCAAUUAUAGGAGUCAAGGGCUAGAAAGGGAGGCAUAUGUGUCAUUCGACAUUUCUUGUUUAAAAUCUAUUUGAUACUUAUGUUACUUACAGACUACAUAUAGAUACAGCAUUGAAAAUGUCAGCAUUAUAGAUUUUACUGCUUUGUUUUUAAUAUGUGAUUAGAGAUUUUUUAUUAGAACAAUUUAUUUGGUUUUACUUGAUUAGAUAUUGUAAAAAGAAAGACAUGCUCAUAACAUGUAUUGAUUGUCAGAAAAUCAUUCAGGACUUUACUUUUGUUUUAUUGUUAAAAUAUUUCCAUUAUAAAGGUUUGUUGGUAAAAAGUCUUAGUGUAUGUGUUAUAAAAAUAAUGAUUAAAUAUAUGUACUUUCAUAGUUACUCAG